AUGGUUCUGCUCCAUAAUGACACCCAAUGCACCCGUAUCAGAGCACGAAUAUCUCAAUUUUUAUUCAGUUUGACUCGGAUCACUACAAUGACGGUUGCAAGUUUGGCAAGAAAAAGCCUACUUCCGGCCCUCAAGUCUCGUUUUGUACACUCGUAUGGCUCGACGCUAUUACGGAGAAGCACCAUUAGGUUGUACUCGAAGGCGGUUCCCUUGACUGCGGAAACGUACAGUGAUAAAGUGAAGAGAGACGAAAGAUACAAAAAAUUAGAUAACGCCGAUAUAGAGAAGUUCAAGGCAAUCUUGCAAGACGAGAACUCGUUGCUUCAAGAUGCUGGCGAUUUGGAGUUUUUCAACGAAGACUGGAUGAGAAAAUAUCGUGGACAGUCCAAGUUGGUGUUGAAACCAAAAACGACGGAACAAGUAUCCGAGAUUAUCAAGUACUGUAACGAACAAAAACUUGCUGUUGUGCCUCAAGGUGGAAAUACUGGAUUGGUUGGAGGCUCCAUUCCGGUUUUCGAUGAGAUAAUACUUUCUUUGGCCAGUAUGAACAAGAUCAGAUCGUUCGAUCCUGUCAGUGGAAAUUUGAAAUGUGACGCUGGUGUGAUUUUGGAGAAUGCCGACAACUUUUUGGCUGAAAAGGGAUACAUUUUCCCGCUCGAUCUCGGAGCAAAAGGUUCAUGUCAUGUUGGUGGAGUUGUAGCGACCAAUGCUGGUGGUCUUCGUCUUCUCAGGUAUGGCUCUCUUCAUGGUAGCGUAUUGGGAUUGGAAGCCGUUUUGCCUGAUGGAACCAUUUACAACUCUAUGCACUCGCUUAGAAAGGACAAUACUGGCUAUGACUUGAAACAAUUGUUCAUUGGCUCAGAAGGAACCAUAGGUAUAAUCACCGGGGUUUCUAUUUUGUGUCCAGCAAGACCACAGGUUUUCAACGUUGCAUUUUUAGCAGUCAAUUCUUUCGAAGCUGUGCAAAAGGUGUUUGUGGGUGCCCGCAAAGAACUCUCUGAAAUCUUGUCAGCAUUCGAAUUUAUGGACGGUAAUUCGCAGGCAUUGGCUGAGCGCCAUUUGGGAACCGACCAUCCCAUCGAGUCCGGAAAAUAUCCAUUCUACAUUCUCAUUGAGACCUCAGGUUCGAGCAAGGAACAUGACGACGAAAAGUUGGAAACAUUUUUGGGCAAUGCCAUGGAGGAAGGGUUGGUGGAAGAUGGAAUCAUAGCUCAAGACGAAACCCAACUCAAGAAUUUGUGGGCUUGGAGAGAACAGGUUCCAGAAGCUUCGACAAUUGGAGGUGGAGUUUACAAGUACGAUGUUUCUCUUCCCUUAAAGGACUUGUAUGGCUUGGUUGAAGCUGUGAACGAGAAGUUGGAUGCUCAAGGAUUGAGAGAUCCUGAAGACGAGAGUAAGCCAGUAGUUGAUGCAAUUGGUUACGGUCAUCUUGGAGACGGAAACUUACACUUGAACGUAGCUGUGAGAGAGUAUUCUAAGGUGGUUGAAAAUGCACUUGAGCCUUUUGUCUACGAGUGGAUCAGUUCCAAGAAAGGAUCAAUUUCUGCCGAACAUGGGCUUGGGUUCCAGAAGAAAAACUACAUUGGCUAUUCGAAGAACGACACAGAAGUCGCCAUGAUCAAACAGAUCAAACGACACUACGAUCCCAACGGAAUAUUGAACCCAUAUAAAUAUGUAUAA